AAAGACCGCGCGCAUCGUGGCCCACCAACCCACAGACCGCACCCACACCCCCGCCGCACUCGAUAGCAUGGACAUCUCCUCCGUUCUCCAGGGUGGUUACCAGCACCCGCUCUCCCGCUCAUGGCAGGCGAAGCGCAGCAUCACAAAGUCUAUGCUCAUGUACCCUAUCUUCAUUACCGACGACCCCGAUGCAUACGUCGACAUUCCCUCGCUUCCCGGCCAGGCCAGGUGGGGUGUUAACAAGCUUGAGGAGUUCCUCGGUCCUCUUGUAAAGAAGGGCCUUCGCAGUGUGAUCCUUUUCGGUGUCCCCAUGCGCUGCGAAAAGGAUGACCGCGGUAGCCCGGCAGACGACCCCAACGGACCCGUCAUCCUGGCCGUGCGCAAGCUCCGCGCGCUCUUCCCGGAGCUCUACAUCGCGUGUGACGUCUGCCUCUGCGAGUACACCUCCCACGGUCAUUGUGGCCUCUUCAGGACCGACGGCACCAUCGACAACACGCCCUCGGCCGCGCGCAUUGCGGAGGUCGCCCUCUCGUACGCGCGUGCCGGCGCGCACUGCGUCGCCCCAAGCGACAUGAUGGACGGUCGUAUCAAGACGAUCAAGCGCGCGCUCAUUGACAACGGGUACGGGAACCGUUGCACCCUCAUGGCGUACUCCGCGAAGUUCGCGAGCGCGCUGUACGGGCCCUUCCGGGACGCGGCAGGGAGCGCGCCCUCGUUCGGUGACCGGAAAUGCUACCAGCUCCCGCCCACGGCGAAGGGCCUCGCGCGGCGUGCUAUUAAACGCGACGUGGAGGAGGGCGCGGACAUCAUCAUGGUGAAGCCUGCUCUACCGUACCUGGACGUCAUUCAGGACGCGAAAGAGCUCGCACACGACCACCCACUGGCGUGCUACCAGGUCAGCGGCGAGUACGCGAUGGUCGUGGCCGGUGCGCGCGCAGGGGUGUACGACCUGCGCACGAUGGCGUUCGAGACGGUGGAGAGCAUGGUUCGGGCAGGGUGCACGUUGAUCUUGACCUACUUCACCCCGCAAUUCUUGGACUGGCUGGAUGAGUAGAGUGAGGGAACGGAAGUUCAAAAAUGGGAAGGAUUGUAGCACUAAGUAGUUGUAGAUGCUUCUUGUAAUGCGAAGGGAUCUGGAUGAUAUUUAUGUCCACUCAGC